AUGGACCGCACGCAAGACGCUCAGCAGCACCACUGGACCCCAGGAAACGCAUGCCCUGACACUCAGCUGUCCCACUGGACCACAGGUACCGCAUACCCAGACGUUCAGCAGCCCCACUGGGCCACAUGGACUGUAUGCCCCGAUGCUCAGCUGGACUACAGGGAUCGCACGCUCAGCAGCCCCACUGGACCAUAUGGACUUCACGCCAGCUGCUCAGUAGCCCCACUGGACCCCAGGGACCACAUGCCCAGACGCUCAGCAGUCCCACUGAACCACAGGGACCACACGCUCAGCAGCCACACUGGAACACAUGGACCGGACGCCCAGCUGCUCAGCAGCCCCACUGGACCACAGGGACCGCACUCCGAGCUCAGAAGCCACACUGGACCACAGGAACAUAGAGACUUCAUGCCAGCAGUCCCAAAGGUAGGGAGGCUGGGUGGAGUAAAAUUGAAAUAAAAAAAAUUGUAUGUGUGUCUGUUAGGGAGUUUGUAUGUGUUUGUGUGUCUGUCAAAGAGUGUAUGUGUGUUUGUCAGUGAGUGUAUGUGUGCUUGUCAGUGAAUGUGUAUGUGUUUGUCAGCGAGAAUGUAUGUGUGCUUGUCAGUAAGAGUGUAUAUUUGUUUGUAUGUUUGUCUGUCAAAGAGUAUGUGUGUUUGUCAGUGAGAGUGUAUGUGUGUCUAUCAAAGAGAAUGUGUGUCUGAGUGUGUAUCUGUGUGUCAAGGUUUGUGUAUGUGUCACUGUGUGUAUCUGAGAGUGUGUGUGUGUGUAUGUCAGUGUGUGUAUUAAUGUGUGUGUGUGUGUGUGUGCCAGUGUAUAUCACUGUGUUUGUAUGUGCUUAUGUGUGUGUGUGUAUGUCAGUGUGUGUGUGUAUCUGAGUGUGUGUCAGUGUGUGUAUAUGACAGUGUGUAUCUGAGUGUGUGUAUGUGUAUCUGUGGGUACAAGUGUGUUUAUAUGUCACUGUUUGAGUGUGUGUGUAUUUGUGAGUCAAAAUGUGUGUAUGUGUCACUGUGUGCAUCUGAGUGUGUGUAUGUGUAUCUGAGUGUGUGUAUCUGUGUGCCACUAUGUGCCAGUGUGUUUGUAUCUGUGUGUCAGAUACAUACACACACACACACACACAAAUACACACUGACACACAGAUACACACCAGCACAUAAAAACACAGAUACACAUUCCCUGAUACACACCAGCACAUACAAACACAGAUACACACAUUUUGACACAUAGAUACACACACCUUGACACACAGAUAUAUGUGUUACUGUGUUUUACGAUGUGUGUGUGUAUAUGUGUGUGUCAGUGUGUGUAUCUGUGUGCCACUAUGUGUUAGUGUAUGUGUAUCUGUGUGUCAGAUUUAUAGACACUGACAUACAGAUACACACACUGGCACAUACAAACACACAACGAGUGGACUUCAUAGAAAUUGAGCUAUAAGUAUAAUGAUCUGGAUUCUGUCUGGUUAAUCUGUAUUUAAAAAUAAAUGUGUUGUAUAUAAAUACCUGCUUCUAGUGGUGGAACUGAAACCUACAUUAACAGAGUUACAAAUUUUGGUUCUAGAAUCUAGGAAAAUGUCAUAUUAUAAAGUUUGUCAUUCUAAGUGCCAUGCAAAGAUUCUGCCUUAUAGGCCAAUUACGAGCUGAGUGGUUAAUGGUUUUUAUGCAAUACAUGGGUGGUCACCUGUACAGUCAGAUCACCAUGUGAACUGUAAACUACCUCUCAUAUAUACUGAAGCAGGUACAGGCAGCCAUUUUGAAAUGGAAAGACUGGGUAGGCAGGAGCACAUCAAUAAAGCUGAUAAGACUUACAUUAUUCCUGUUAUGCAGUAUUUCUGCCCAAUCCUACACAAAAAAAUUUAAGAAAUACAAAGGACACUUUAUAAUUUUGUCCCUAUUUCUAGAAUGCUCAAAAUAGCUGCCUCUACAUUAUUCUGAUUCAUUGAGUCUUCUAAACCAACAACAUUAGCAAGCAUUUAUUUUAGCUGAGUGGUUGCUUCUCGAGCAAAAGUAAUAAUAUGAGUAAAUAUUGAGGACACCACUGUUUUCCUUCAAAUAAUAUGAUUUAGCUUUGGCAAGUUCUGGGCAGGUUUUGGACCUUUAUUCCACUUCCACACACAUCCCUAACGCGCAUGUGUAAAUGUACAAAUGAAUGCCAUAUUGGCAGCCACGACCACUGAAGACUACAUGCUUUCACCCAUAUACUUUAACACCUUCACAUAAAUAUAAAACUAGCCUUCACCUAGCCAGUCAUCAUGAAACACAAUCAUUCAUUUAUAGCCACACAGAGAUAAAUACAAAAAAGGUAACAGACUGUAGUAUGUGUCUUGGAGGCUUGCAAUAGACUUUGCUAAACUUUUAAUGUGCUGGCCGCCAUACAAGGCAGGCUGAACCUUUUAGGCUGGCCCUUGCAGGCAGCUACAAAAAUUACAACCACUGACACAUACACAAUACACACACUGACACCAUUUAAUCAGUUUGAUAAAUGGAAAUGACAAUUUGGAUUUGAAGAAUACAUGUGCUUAUCUGGGCCGAUUCUAUCAGGUAAAGCCAGCAACAGGAUGCUACAGUCAAGUGGGUAUUUUUGCUUUCUCCAAUUGGGGAAGGACCCAAGUCUCUACAUACUCUCAAGUCUGUGGAUGGAAGCGGUUCGCCCUCAAUAAAGCCUGGGGAUGGCAAGGCACUUUACCUUUGAGGAGGAGUGUUGAUACUGCCAGCAGAAGGCCAGCUUAUCCCCCAUGUUUACCUACCUAUAGGACUCGGGUGACUCUCCUUCACAUAACGUGACAACCUACUGCCUAGGCCUUGCAUAGUUUUAUUUUGAGAAACCAUAUUGCAUUAUAUACUUUGCUCAGUGGUGGUCAGUUCUAGUGGCAUAUUCAUGUUUUAGCUUGAGCUCUACGAGUGAUUAAACUUGUUAUGCCUACCUAGUCUACUUAGAUUUCAAGUUUAGCCUCUGUUUAAUGUUAAGACGUGUACACCUUGCUGAAAGGAAACUGAUGAGGUCCGAGAAAUGUGAUAAUUGGAUUUGUAAUAUUAGAGGUAGACAAAAUUGUAAAUUAUUGCAAAUCAAGAUGUUUAAUAGUAAGACAAUUGAGGCAUGGGAGGACUUGAAAAGAGAAAUGAAAAUAAGAAAUGGCUUUAUGGGAUGUGUACAUUUAAAAUACAUAGAAGAUAAUAUGGAGGGCAUUAGGUUAAAGAAUUGGGAACAUGGUUAAAGUUGUUCUUUAUGUAUCUAGUUGUAUACCAUGUCAUGUCCAUAUUUCUUGCGCUGAUAUACAACGCUACUAAUACUACCCACUGCGCAACAAUCGUUAAAGGUUACUGUCAAAUAGGGGUCGGUGUCUUGCCGCUGUACCUCUAAUAUAGUUAUUCUGUAUGGCACAAGUAAUGCUGUAUGUAAUACAUAAUUGGUAAUGUUGCCUGAAAUGUUCGACGCAUGUCAUGUAAGAAACAAAGUAUUGUGGAAUUACCUGCAAAGUUUUUUUUUUUUAAUAAAAACAAUACAUAAAAAACCUAAUAGAAGGAAAUCAUUUAAAAGCAUUUCCACGCCUUCAAAAUUAGGUUGCAAGAAAUAUUCAAUUAUAUUAGACUUAAUAAUUUUAUAAAUAAAUAUCUUGUCAAGGGUCAUGAUAACCACAUCCAAUUGUUGGCAAGACUAGUAAAACAGGAGAGAAUAGAUAAUCCACUGUAUAAGGCAAUGAAAUAAUCCACUCUAUCCCAUCUAGAACUACUCGAUCUACAAUAGUUAAAUUGGAAAUUGAAUUCAACUGUCAAAUUGAGAAGGAAGAAUGGUGUCAGGCCUUUUAUUUUAAUACCAAAAGUAUACACUGCUUAUUUUUUUUAGAAACCCAUUUUAAGUUAAUCAACAAAUGGUGCUAUGUUUCAGAAGGACAUAAUGACACUUGUUGGAGAUGCCAGCUAUCUAAGGGCUCAAAAAUACACAUCUGCUGAUCCUGCUCUAAGAUAAACCAGAUUUGGAGAUCGGUGUUUAAAUGUCUGAGUUAUGGGAAUAUAUGUUUUUCCCCUGAGAUAGCUCUAUUACACGUGAACUGGCCUGCUAUGAGAAAUAUAGUAAGUAUCUUGGAGUAAAUUGUUUUAUUACUAUUAGAAUAUUAAUUGCUCGUCACUGGAAAGUGACGACAGUUUUAACCUGGGAAAAAUGUAAACAUCAAAAUGGUUUUUCAAUUAACUCUGGAGAAAUAUCACAUGUACUCUACAGCAGUUGUAGUAAAGAAACUAAAUCAGCUGACAAUGUGGAUACAUACAUUUGUAAAGGCUUUAUCAUUACCUUACAAUUACAGAUUGACAAAAAGAAAAAAUACGUGGAAGAAUUCCAAGGAACGCUCCUUGAAGACAUGUGCAGCCAAACAAAGUUUUUUGGUUUUGUUUUAUAACAUUUUUAUUAUUAACACAACAAUAAAGAACACCGUAGAAAGAUACAUCUUUAACAAUUGAAACUUGCAAUUGUUACUCAAAAUUCUAAAUAUCCCACACUCCCUAACGUUUUGGGGGCGUGGAUUUAAAGCAAAAGACGCUUUAUUAAAAAAGAGCGCCUUUUGCUUUUGCUCAGUGCCGUAUUGUGGUUCACUGGUUGUUCCCUCUAGUGCUAUACUAAUUUCUGUGUGAGCAUUGGUAUUUGACUUGGCUUGUUUUAUAUUACCUAUUAUGCUUUCUGGUAUCCUGACUUGGCUCGUUUUCCCGUUUAUCCUGUUUCUGGGUUCCUGACUCAGCUACUCCUUAUCGUUACCCUUGACUUUGACUAUUCCACGAUUAUUCUAUCCACGUUAAAACUGGCCAUUCUAAUGUCCGGUAAUACAUUUUCUAAUUUAGGUUAUAUUCUGCCUGUUGGAGUAACUUGUCAUGACACAUCCUUCCUAUCUCAUCCCCUUCUUUCCCUACCAUCCCCUACCCAUCCCAGUCCAAGUUCCUCCUCUAACCGCAUCCUUUUCUUUAGUUUCAAUAUGCCGCAUUUCCUUCAUUCUAUUUGUGAUGAUGUGUCAUUUUGUUUGUGACAACUCUAAUGUUAAUUGUUUAACUGCCCUGUUUUACCUUAAAUAGUUAAUGUGUUGGUUCACUUUAAAUCUGGUCAUGUAACCCGGAGCAGGAAAUAGGUCACAGGUUAUAGUUCAGUUAUACAGGGAAGACUCAGAAUAAAGAGAUGCUGGUUAAAGUUCUAAUCCUCUCUCAGUGUCUCACGUCAAUACAACACACUAUGAAACAACGUUUUUAUGGAUCUUGAAGUGACCCUUUAAAUACCAAUAAUCUACCUUGAGUGUAAUAUACUACUUUAAAACAUUAUAAGAAGUUAGUUAAUGCUAAUAAAUCGUGUUAAAUUGCAAAUUUGGGUGUAUACCCAGGGACGUAUUAGCCGCGAGGCAAACAAGGCAUUUGCCUUGGGCAGCAUUUUUCAGGGGGCAGCAAAAAAACGCCGCCCCCAAAUGCCCAGGGCAAAUGCCUUGUUAGCCUUGCGGCUAACUAACAUGCCGGUCUGGCGGGCGGCACUGGCUGCUGUGCGGGCGGCUGGCGGGGGAGCACUUCCUCUGAGCUGUCUGCUCAGCUCCCUCGCACGCCGCAGAGUGCCGGAAUAUGAUGUUAUCAACCCGGCUCCCAGCCUCACUCUGCGGAGCGCGAGGGAGCUGAGCAGACAGCUCAGAGGAAGUGCUCCCUCGCCAGCUGCUCGCACAGCAGCCAGCGCCGCCCAGCCUGACCGGCAGCCACUGGACCACCAGGGAGAGAGAGACCCCCCCAGCAUUCCCAAAGGUAAGGAGGUUGGGGUGGGGGGGGUUUAAUUAAAAAAAAAAAAAAGUGUUAAUGUGAGUGAUUGUGUGUGUGUUUGUGUCUGACUGUGUGUGUUUGUGACUGUGUGUGUGUGUGUGUUUGUGUCUGACUGUGUUUGUGUCUGUGUAUGUGUCUGACUGUGUGUGUGUUUGUGUCUGACUGUGUGUGUGUGUCUGACUGUGUGUGUGUGUGUGUGUGUAUUUAGAAGGUGGGGCGGGGAGGGUUGGGUGGGGGUGACGCGGGGGCAGGGGUGCCUGAGAUUUGUCCUGCCUAGGGCAGCAGAAAACCAGGAUACACCACUGUGUAUACCUAUCAUUCUGUAGCUCGCUUCAAACUCUCUAUUAAAUGCAUUAUAAAUAAAAUGCACAUCUUAUUGAGAACUCAUGAUCAAUGAGGUUACAUGGCAAGAAUUAAAGUUUCGGAUUGGUCUAUGUAAUGUCAAGAAGAGCUGCACAAACUCUUAUGUCCACUAGGUGGCAGAAAACCACAAGUCCACAUUUCAAGCUUGCAAAUGGAGCUAUUUUGGCCAGCUGGGCUUCCAUAACAGCUAUUGGGUGCUAGUGAUAAACAGCUGUGGCAUGUGUCACUGUCUUCCAAGAUCACAGCUCUGCUAUUCAGAUCAUUGUAUAGGAGGGUUGCACCACUCACUCGGGCAAAAGCUGUGCAGCUGAAGGGUAAGUGACAACAUGGCUGAAACUGCAAUUGACAGCUGAUUGUGAAAGGGAACACUAAACUGAGUAAUUGCUCAGCAAAAAAUAGUUUGUGCCAAGUGAGACUGAGCACAGAUGCAUACUGGGAUCUCUCACCUUAGAAAACCUUACUUUGUUGCUAUUCAUGUUAGAUGGAAGCUUGCCUUCUGAGCUAACUUUUCUUUUCAUAGUGUUCCAUUUACCUUUCUUUCACAUAUUUUAUGUAAGCUUGUGAAUAUAUUCAUUAUUCCCAGUAGAAAAGACGGUUUCGUUGUUUUAUUCGUCUUGGUUAUAGUUACAUGAAUGUAGAUAUGCCCCACUAUGCCUCAUUUGCAGAUAUUUAUGUAACGAGAACAAGGCUAUUUUUAAAAGUGUGAUGAGUGUUAAACUCCUUUAGAACCAUUUGUGCUACAAUCAUUUAGCAAAUGUCAUUUUUUUUUCUUACCUUCUUUAACGUGUUGUCUGCUAACAUCGCGCUUAAUAGUAUUUUUUUUUUCAAUUCUUCAUUUAUAUUAAUUUACAUACAUGAAAAUGACAAACAGAGGACAAAGGUCUCGUUAUCUUUUAAAAUGUAAAAAAUUUACAAAUCCAUAAAUUCGCCCAACCUAUUUCACCUGUUGUCCCACCCAGUCACUCAACGACCGUACUCUCUAUCAGAGCUAGAUUUUGUUAUGAUUAGUUUAUGAUUAAAUGAUGUACUUUUAAUUUCAGGUGCCUUAACUGCAGAUACAAAUACAGUCACGCAAUGUGUUGAGUUAUAGCUGCAAAUUACACAUUUUAGGUUUCCAAAACAUUCUGGAACUUACAAGGGAAGAAGCAAAACACCCCGUUACGGUUUCUAAAUUGAUACUAUUAAUGUUAAGGCACUUUGAAUCAGUGAUUUGCUUAGACACAGUGUGAUCAUCAUAUAUGAUUAAAUCCCAAUAUUUAGUAACAACAUACAUAGCUGAAAUGAGACAUGUGUCCAUCAAGUUCAGCCUUUCUCACAUCUGUUUAAGCUGUUGACCCAAAAGAAGGCAAAACACCCAGUUUGAAGCAUGUUCAAUUGUGCAACAAAAUAGGAAAGAUUCCUUUGUGACCCCAGAAGGCAGUCAGAUGUCUCCUUGGAUCAAGAAGCGAUUACCCAACAAAUUAAAAAUUAUAUCCCUGUAUAUUAUGUUGUUGCAAAUGUUCAUCCAAUUGCCUCUUAAACAUCUGUUAAGACUCUGGAAUAAACUUUUCAAGCAGAGAAUUCCACGUUUAUUGUUCUUACUGUAAAACACAACAACAACAACAACAACAUUUCUUCUGUCUUGGACUAAAUCUCCUUUCUUCCAGUCUAAAUACAUGUAAUUGUGUCCUAUGUAUAGUCCUGUUUAUCAAUAGAUAUGUUUGUAUAAUGCUAUCAUAUCGCUUCUAAAGCACUGUUUUUCCAAACUAAAAAGAUUUAAAUGUGUUAACCUUUUCUUUAUAACUAAAAUGUUCCAUUCCUUUUAUUAAUUUUGUAGCCCGGCUUGGCACUUUUUCUAGUGCUAUAAUAACCCUCUUGAGAAACAGGUUCCCAAAAUUACACAGCAUAUUCAAGAUGUGGUCUUAAUAGUGAUUUAUAAACAGGGGGGAGGUCCACCCCGGGUGCUAUGGCAGUAGGGGCAGCCGACACAGCUCACACACACAGGGGCCAGGAGCAGGAGUACUGCACGACGAGUUGGGGCGGAGCCAAAACUGAUGCAGGGGUGGAGCUCAAAGCAGCCUCCACUCGCUGCAGCACACUGAGGGGAAGCAGGAAGGAGUCCUUGCUUCCCCAACAACUACACACCAGAGACUUCAGUGUAUACAUUCCUUCUCCAACCCAUACUGCCAGUAAGUGAGAAUGGCUGUGUGUGUGUGUUUGUAACUAGGAUUGUGACUGUCUACCUCUGACUAUGUGUGACUGCCUGUGACUGUGUGUGUGACUCUCUGUCUGUGACUGUCUACCUGUGACAGCGUCUGUGAUGGUCUACAUGUGACUGUGUGUGUGACUGCAUCUGUAACUGUGUGUGUGACUUUCUGCCUGUGCCUGUUUGUGUGAAUAUCUACCUGUGACUGUCUACCUGGGACUGUGUGUGACUAGUGUGGUGGGACCGCUGCCUGUUGAAUUGCUAUGUGUUAUUCCCCAUUUUUCCCCUAUAUUGUGUUAUAUUCCUCUGUUUUACCUGCUCCCCAUUCGGAAGAGCCAAUACGAGUUCUGUUCGCCUCCCGAAUGAAACCUCAUUUUGAAUGUUGUCUUAGAACAUUCACACCUUGUAACGAGGUAUCAAAACCACAAACUGCAAGGGAAGCCUCGGCGCGUGCCGACCCUUGGUGGUACCCUGUUCGUUAGACGAACGCUGUCUAGGGGGAGCAUUCGUGGAUUGCUUCCCACCUCGUUCGGUUCCCGAACAAGGACCUCCCAGUGCCCCUUGGAGUGUUCACACCAAUCAAUUAGAACAUUGGCAAUUUGCAACAUAAGUGUGAAACUGCAAGAAUAAUUGCAAGUAAUUAAUGAGUGCUUCCCUGGGUGGCAUGGGUUCAUAUAGACAAAACACGGCCAGGGAGAGCAUUCAUGUCCCGAAAGGAGACACUUCCCUUGCCUGGUUUCACCCAGGGACCCUACGAGCGGAGGCGGCUACUGUUCUGGGGGUCGCUGCAAUUGGUGGGGACACUCUCUUGUGUUCUAGCUGAUUCCCUUCCAGGGACAAGCUGUUGCUGAGCUUAGACAACCAGUCGGGUUGUCAGCAGGCCCGCUACAACUGUCUGCCUGUAACUGUGUGUGUGACUGACUGUCUGUGCCUGUGUGUGUAACUGUGUUUACAGUCUGCCUGUAAUUGUGUGUGUGUGUGUGUGUGUGUGAGACUGUCUGCCUGUAGCUGUGUGUGUGUGACUGUCUGUAAGUGUCUGUGUGUGACUGUCUGUCUGCCUGCAACUGUUUGUGUGUGACUGUAUGCGAGUGAUUAUGUGUGCAUGUGGCUGUAUUUGACAGUAUGUGUGUAUAACUGUGUGCAUCUGACUAUAUAACUUAAUCCCGGCAUCGGCGUCAUUACAGGGUGCGCAAGGGACCUGUGCAGGAGCAGCACAGACAUCCCAGCAGCAACCACUGACCACCAGGGGCUGAGGAUCAACUCCAGCCCUCCCAGACCAAGGUAGGGAGGCUGGGUGGACCUCUUAAUUAUGUGUAUACAUGUGAUGUUUGUGUGUGUGUAUAUCUAAUUAUGUGUGUAUGCAGGGGCGUUUUAGCUGCGAGGCAAACAAGGCAUUUGCCUUGGGCGGCAUUUUUCAGGGGGCGGAAAAAAAAGCCCCCCAAAUGCCCAGGGCAAUUGCCUAGUUAGCCUCGUGGCUAACUGACAUGCCGAGCGGGCGGGCAGCGCUGGAAGGCGGCUGGCGAGGGAGCUCUUCCCCUGAGCUGACUGCUCAGCUCCCUCGCGCGCCGCAGAGUGAGGCUGGGAGCCGGGUUGAUGACGUCAUAUUCCGGCUCCCAGCGGCGGGCGAGGGAGCUGAGCAGUCAGCUCAGGGGAAGUGCUCCCUCGCCAGCCGCCCGCACAGCAGCCAGCGCCGCCCGCCCAGCCCGACUGGCAGCUACUGGACCACCAGGGAGAGAGAGACCCCCCCCCCAGCACUCCCAAAGGUAAGGAGGCUGGGUGGGGGGGGGAUUUAAAAAAAAAGUUAAUGUGGGUGAUUGUGUGUGUGUUUGUGUCUGACUGUGUUUGUAACUGACUGUGUUUGUAACUGACUGUGUGUUUGUGUCUGACUGUGUGUUUGUGUCUGACUGUGUGUGUUUGUGUGUGUUUGUGUCUGACUGUGUUUGACUGUGUAUGUGUCUGACUGUGUUUGUGUGUGUGACUGUGUGUGUGUUUGUGUCUGACUGUGUGUGUUUGUGUGUGUGUUUGUGUCUGACUGUGUGUGUGUUUGUGACUAUGUGUGUGUGUGUGUAUUUAGAAGGUCGGGCAGGGGGGAAGGGUUGGGUGGGGGUGGCACGGGGGGAGGGGGCGCCUGAGUUUUGUCCUGCCUAGGGCAGCACAAAACCAGGAUACACCACUGUGUGUAUGUGAUUGACUGUAUGUGUGUGGGUUUGUGAUUGUGUUUGUGUAUGUCUUUGUUUGUGUGUGAUUGUGUGUGAAUCUCUGUGGUUAAGUGUGUGUGCGGUGCACACACACACCACAGAUAUACACACACAGACAUACACCUAUUUUGUGUGCAGGGCCGGUGCAAGGAUUUCUGCCACCCUAUGUGCAUACAUCUCAGAAUCUUGCCAACACUACACAUAAAUACACCCCUGCAUUUCAACGACACACUACAUACAAAAAACAAAAAUUGCGGUUGUUUUUUACAUUUUAAAGUGGGGGGGAGGGAGGGAUGCCAAAAUUAGGACCCGCCCCGGGUGCCAGAUGCUCUGGUUACGCCACUGUACAUGACAAUACUUUACUGGACUUAGCAACUGCUGAUUGACAUUGCACAUUGUUGCCUAAAACUAUUUUCUUAAAGGACCACUUUAUUCCCUGGAAAACAAACUCAUUUUCCUGGCACUAUAGUGUUAAUAGGUCCCCUCCACCCUCAUGGCUGAAUGCACAUGCGCGGCAAGAGCCGCUGGCGUCUUGAAGCGCGAAAGCGCCUCUAGCAGCUGUCAGUGAGACAGCUACUAGAGGCUGGAUUAACACAUAUAUAAACAUAGCAUUUUCUCUGAAACUGCUACAGUUGCAAGAAAAAGUAUGUGAACCCUUUGGAAUGAUAUGGAGUUCUGCACAAAUUGGACAUAAAAUGUGAUCUGAUCAUUGUGACGAAGUGCCCUUCGCCACUUGUGCCUGGAGAGGACUGCUUGCCCGCCUCUUGCCCUGUGACUAUGGCCCCUGGGAUGUAUUGCCCUUUAAAGACAUGAUUUGGGCAUAAUGGAUUUGUGUUGUGCUCCUGCUGGCCCUUUAAGAACCAUCUGGGGACAUACUGUGGAGUUACUGGGUGGCCACCAUUUCCUGUAUCAGAAGCACAUGGUGAGAACAAUGGAUGGCGGCCAUUUUAACUCACAGACACUGUUUGGACUUUUCAACACGGUGCCAUCUCGCCAGUAUUUGGUGCACAGAGACAUCGUGCAGUGGUUUUGGACUAUACAGCAGGGGACAUAUACAGUAAUUGAUUUUCAUAUAGCCUGUAUAUGUUCUGCAGAAUCUGCAUUAAACUGUAUUUUCCAAAGUACUGAACGGAUCUGGGUGAAUUUUGGAUAUGUGGUUCAACCAGAUCCCCCGGUUCCAAGGAUAUACUUUUUAUGGGGUUAUUGCAUGUUUUGGGGUCUCUGUGUGUUUUAUGAAACUGUAUUAUUUCUGGCCAGCAGAUAAUUGAGCUUUGUGUAUUGUAGAAACUCAAUUAUCUAGCCUGGCCCAGAGGAGGAGUUUUGUGUUGCAUAAAUUGUGAGUUCUGUGUGCCAGUAAAUCAGUCUUGUUCCAGCAUUAAGCCUUGGCUCAUGUUUGGGGGAUUGGAGAAAUACACUCUGGGGAUUGCUAUAAUCACUAUACUCCCCAGGGUAUGAUCACUGAGUUCUGCUAAGAGCUUGUUCCUGUUCCUGCUCUCUGGGGAAAGAGAGGUUCACCCACUGGAAGCUGGAUCCAGGGUGGGUGGAGACAGCAGAGACCCCGGCGCAGUUGCAUCGCUGGAAGUUGGGUCUGCAGUGCUGAUGGUGUCGGUUGGAGUGCUUGGAGUCCUCAGCGAGCACUAUGUCAGGUUACCUCUGGUGUCUACCUCGGAGGAGGUUAGACACCUAGACGUCCAUCCUCCUAGGGGGGCUGACUCACCCGAUCCUCGCAGUCCUCCCGGCCGUUUACACGCCGGCCGCGAUAGCUCCGCCUCCUUUUAUGACGCGGCGCUCAGUAGCCGACGUCAUGACGGCAAUCACGUUCCGACCCGUCAAUCACGGCAACCAAGUGCCGAACAACGAAUCAGGACUCGUUGGGGGCGGGGCCAACAGUUAAAGAGCCAAGGUAUAAAAGAGGGUUUUGUGGAAUGAUUCAUUGCCCUGUCGUGGUUCUAGCUAGUCUGGUCACUCAGUGCUCUUACCUCUAUUGUCUUUUGGUUCCUGACUCGGCUUGUAUUUUUUGACCCUGCUUUCCUCUCUUGUCCUUUUGACUCGGCUUGUCUCUCGCUUACCUACUCUCUCGUUCCCUCGACCUCGGCUUGUCUCUGACCAUUCUUUGCUUUCUCCUUACGUUAGUCCGGCCAUUCUAAGGUCCGGUAUACGUACCUAUCUCCUGUUUGUAUUCUGCGUGUUGGAUCCCUGUCACGAUCCUGACACACUAGGAGCAUCGAUUGGCGGAGGUACUCAGUCGAGUGCAAGCGGUCCGUCACAACAACAAUAGACAAUCACAGACUGCUUAAACUAAUAACACACAAAGAAUGAAAUGUUGCCAUGUUUUUAUUGAACACACCAUGUAAACAUUCACAGUGCAGGUGGAAAAAGUAUGUGAACCCUUGGAUUUAAUAACUGGUUUAACAUCCUUUGGCAGCAAUAACUUCAACCAAACGUUUCCUGUAGUUGCAGAUCAGACGUGCACAACGGUCAGGGGUAAUUCUUGACCAUUCCUCUUUACAGAACUGUUUCAGUUCAGCAAUAUUCUUGGGGUGUCUGGUGUGAAUCGCUUUCUUGAGGUCAUGCCACAGCAUCUCAAUUGGGUUGAGGUCAGGACUUUGACUGGGCCACUUCAGAAGGCGUAUUGUCUUCUGUUUAAGCCAUUCUGUUGUUGAUUUACUUCUAUGCUUUGGGUCAUUGUCCUGUUGCAACACCCAUCUUCUGUUGAGCUUAAGCUGGUAGCAAAGCAGCCCCAAACCAUGAUGCCCCCACCACCAUACUUCACAGUUGGGAUGAGGUUUUGAUGUUGGUGUGCUGUGCCUUUUUUUUUAGUGUUGUGUGUUUCUUCCAAACAACUCAACUUUGGUUUCAUCUGUCCACAGAAUAUUUUGCCAGUACUGCUGUGGAACAUCCAGGUGCUCUUGUGCAAACUGUAAACGUGCAGCAAUGUUUUGUUUGGACAGCAGUGGCUUCCUCUGUGGUAUUCUCCCAUGAAAUCCAUUCUUGUUUAGUGUUUUACGUAUUGUAGAUUCGCUAACAGGGAUGUUAGCAUUUGCCAGUGACUUUUGUAAGUCUUUAGCUGACACUCUAGGAUUCUUCUUCACCUCAUUGAGCAGUCUGCGCUGUGCUCUUGCAGUCAUCUUUACAGGACGGCCACUCCUAGGGAGAGUAGCAGCAGUGCUGAACUUUCUCCAUUUAUAGACAAUUUGUCUUACCUUGGACUGAUGAACAGCAAGGCUUUUGGAGAUACUUUUAUAACCCUUUCCAGCUUUAUGCAAGUCAACAAUUCUUAAUCCUAGGUCUUCUGAGAGCUCUUUUGUGUGAGGCAUCAUUCACAUCAGGCAAUGCUUCUUGUGAAAAGCAAACCCAGAACUGGUGUGUGUUUUUUAUAGGGCAGGGCAGCUGUAACCAACACCUCCAAUCUCAUCUCAUUGAUUGGACUCCAGUUGGCUGACAUCUCACUCCAAUUAGCUCUUGGAGAUGUCAUUAGUCUAGGGGUUCACAUACUUUUUCCACCUGCACUGUGAAUGUUUACAUGGUGUGUUCAAUAAAAACAUGGUAACAUUUCAUUCUUUGUGUGUUAUUAAUUUAAGCAGACUGUGAUUGUCUAUUGUUGUGACUUGAUGAUGAUCAGAUCACAUUUUAUGACCAAUUUGUGCAGAAAUCCAUAUCAUUCCAAAGGGUUCACAUACUUUGUCUUGCAACUGUAUAUUUACAGCAGGCAGGGUUAAUCUAGAUGGACCUGACACCCAGACCACUUCACUAAGCUGAAGUGGUCUGGGUGCCUAUAGUGGUUCUUUAAUAUGUACUUUUGUAAAAAGGCACCAAAGAACAUUUGUUUAGAGCAGCCAUGUCAAAUUCGCGGGCCACAACUAAUAUUUAUGCGGCCUGCAGGCCUCGGCGAGGGAGCGAUGAGUGUAAGCUCUCCUUGCUUAGCUCACCUUAGCUCACCCUGCCUGCACUCCCGCCUGCCCAGCAGCCCCACUACACCAUAGGUAACAAACCAACCCAGUGUAUGGCUGGCUGUGUGUGUGUAUAGCUGUCUGUGUGUGUGUAUGGCUGUCUGUCUGUAUAGGUGUAUGGCUGUGUGUGUAUGGCCGUGUACGCGCAUGGCUGUCUGUGUGUAAAGGUGUAUGACGGUGUAUAUGUAUGGCUGUCUGUGUGUAUAGGUGUAUGUGUAUGGCUGUCUGUGUGUAAAGGUGUAUGACGGUGUAUAUGUAUGGCUGUAUGUGUGUAUGGCUGUCUGUGUGUAUGGCUGUGUGUGUGUAUAUAGGUGUUUGGCUGUCUGUAUGUGUAUGGCUGUGUAUAUGUAUGACUGUGUAUGUGUCUUGCUGUGUGUGUGUGUCUGUCUGUCUGUGUGUGUGUAUAGGUGUAUGGCUGGCUGUGUUGUGUCUGUCAUUGAGUCUGUGUGUGUGUGUCUGUGAGGGAGCCUGUGUGUCUGUAAGUGUAUGUCGGAGUGAUUCUGUGUGUCUGUCAGUGAGUGUGUCUUAGUGAGUGUGUGUGUGUGAGUGAGGGUUUCAAGGAGUAAUGGGUGGAUCCACUUUUUUUUUUUUAAGGUGCAGAUGGGGCUAUUGGGGGCAUGCCAGAGGCCGGACUCCUGACACUGCUUGUUAGCUGUUUUUUUGUUUCUUUUCUUUAAACGGGGCAGGGGUUUAGUUGACGGGGGUGGGGGGCCUGGGAUUUUGUAGAUUAAGGGGGGGCUGGAAUUUAGUAGACGAGGGGGGACUGGGGUUUAAUAGAGGGGGUGAAAAUUUAUGUUUUUUUGCGGCCCACAUAUAAACUUAAACCUUGUUUAUUUGGCCCUUGAUAGACUUUGAGUUUGACAUGCUUGGUUUAGAGACUUAUUGCAAGCUAUGUGUAAAAUAGAUACUAAGGUGUGCAUGUUUUAGAUCACUUUAUGGCACUACAAUUCACCCUGUCUAUAUCUGGCAUUUUCUGCACUAUGUAAAAAGUUGUGAAUAAUACGUUUUGCACUUACCCCCUUCUUUUCAUUUAGUAUAACAACCCAUUUACAGGGUUAUUCACUAAAUUCAACAUUUUAGUGAAUAAAAUAUGAAUGACAAAUUGUAGGCUGAAGUGGAACAAUUUACCAGCUUAGCUAUUGUCAGAGUUGUGGUGAUUUUAGCUACAAUACGAAAGAUGGAUUUAUUUCCCCCAAAUUCUAAGUUUUGUGAUUAACCCCAUCAUUAUGCAUGCUAAAUGUCCAUAGCAAAAAUGUGACCACAUGAAUACACCCCCUCUCUGCCCACCCCACUCACUUUUGCACAUUUAUACCUCUCAAAUAACUCUGAUUUAUUUAUUUAUUCUUUUUUGGCUGUCUGCAGACAAAUGCCUUACAAUAAAUUAAGCUCUACCUGCAGGUUCUGUAUCCCAACAUGGAUAGGAUUAUUGAGUUCUAAGGAAGCUGCAGGAAUAUAUCCCAACAGGUCAACAACAAAGGGGCAGAGACAGGCCAGUCUGGAAAAGCUUCAGACCUACAUGAAUAGAGCCCUGGUUAGCUUGGCAUACAUGCAGUUUAGUUUCAGUUUGGCCAAGCUGUUUUCAAAUAAAGGCCACUCCAGCAAUGAGAUUCAUAUGAAAAUAGCAGAGGACCAUUAAAGGUAACCAGACCCCUUCAGAUAAUGCUAUUUUGUUUUUAAUGUUAGGUGUUGUAGUUAGGUUGAGUUAGCUUAAAGGGACACUAUAGUUACAGAGCCCACUUCAUCUUAUUAAUUAAAGGACCACUAUAGUGCCAGGAAAACAUACUCGUUUUCCUGGCACUAUAGUGCCCUGAGGGUGCCCCCUCCCGCCCGCCUCUGGGGAGAGGAAGGGGUUAAACUUACCUUUUUUCCAGCGCCGGGCCGGGAGCUGUCCUCCUCCAAUCCUCCUCUUCGGCUGAAUGCACAUGCGCGGCAGGAGCUGCGCGCGCAUUCAGCCGGUCUCAUAGGAAAGCAUUUUACAAUGCUUUGCUAUGGACGCUUGCGUCUUCUCACUGUGAUUUUCACAGUGAGAAGCACGCAAACGCCUCUAGCGGCUGUCAAUGAGACAGCCACUAGAGGAUUUGGAGGCUGGAUUAACCCUAUUAUAAACAUAGCAGUUUCUCUGAAACUGCUAUGUUUAUAAAAAGAAAGGGUUAAUCCUAGAGGGACCUGGCACCCAGACCACUUCAUUAAGCUGAAGUGGUCUGGGUGCCUAGAGUGGUCCUUUAAUCUUAUUCAUCUUAAUGUUAAUUAUUGCAGGGUUAACUCCCUGUUUUAGUGGCUGUCUACCAGGCACGUCCUGAAGUUUUAUAGAGUUUAACUCUUUGCAUGAAAAAAUAUAUAGGAAAAAGCAUUGAUUCCAUGCUUUCAUAUGGGGAAAGCCUAAUGCGCUCAUUGCACAUUAUGUUUUCAAAUCUCCUUGACAUCAGCAGAGGAGGAGCUCGAUCCAACACUGAGGGACAUCAGCACUGGAAUCAGGUAAAAGUUAAAGUUUUAAAGUUAGCUUUUUAUUUUUUUUAAUAGACCUCAGUGACCUGUAUUAUAUUCCAUGAUGAUAUCAAUUGUACCAUCAGCCUAGACAGUGUAUAGUACUGCCUCAGAGCUUUACAUCAUAUUGUUCAGCAAGUUGUUAUUAAAGGCAGACUGUUACAUCUUAUUUUAAUAUUUUUGAUGAUUGCUCAUUGUGCAGUGCUCCAUUUAAAGAUGUUCUUGUGUAAGAUCACGAAGGAAAGGACAUUUGGAUACAUGUCAGACACUGAGAGCCUUGUUGGUGUUAGCAGAAAUCCUAAUUAUGUAAAUUCUUACAUCACUGGUGGUCUACAUGAAUUACUAAGAUCAGCCAUGGUUUAUGAAUGUAAUUGCUAUGAAAUGGAGUGCUUGUUACAUACAGUUAAGGCAGUGUGGAGACACUGAAUUUGGCCACCAAUAAAUUGGAAAUCCCCAAAAUUUCAACAUGCAAAGAUCUAACCAGGAGAAAAAUAACAACCCUAAAACCUAAGGAUGUAUCUUUUAGCCAUUGUUAUUUAAAAAAAAUACCAGAUUGAUGGACUUAGACCAUUAUUAGUACUUGAGAGGGCUUUCCACGAGGUUACAGUGUAUGUCUACAGCACCAAAGAGUGUGUCAAUCUCACACCUAUUCUGAUGCUGUGCUUUUUCCUCGUGUUAAUACUAAUGCAGUGAAUUGUCCUGGCGUUGUUUCUGAUGCACUUGUUGGUCAAGACAAAGUGUCUAAAUAUUAAAGGGACACUAUAGUCACCUGAACAACUUUAGCUUAAUUAAGCAGUUUUGGUGUAUAGAACAUACCCCUGCAGCCUUACUGCUCAAACCUCUGCCAUUUAGGAGUUAAAUCCUUUUGUUUAUGAACCGUAGUCACACCUCCCUGCAUGUGACUUGCAUAGCCUUCCAUAAACACUUCCUGUAAAGAGAGCACUAUUUAGGCUUUCUUUAUUGCAAGUUCUGUUUAAUUAAGAUUUUCUUAUUCCCUGCUAUGUUAAUAGCUUGCUAGACCCUGCAAGAGCCUCCUGUAUGUGAUUAAAGUUCAAUUUAGAGAUUGAGAUACAAUUAUUUAAGGUAAAUUACAUCUGUUUGAAAGUGAAACCAGUUUUUUUUUUCAUGCAGGCUCUGUCAGUCAUAGCCAGGGGAGGUGUGGCUAGGGCUGCAUAAACAGAAACAAAGUGAUUUAACUCCUAAAUGACAGUGAAUUGAGCAGUGAAAUUGCAGGGGAAUGAUCUAUACACUAAAACUGCUUUAUAUAGCUAAAGUAAUUUAGGUGACUAUAGUGUUCCUUUAAUGCCAAUAUAUGUGCUGUGUUGUUUUGGGGGUGGUGCACAGAAAUUAUGCAGUGUAUCUAUAGGUGUAUAUGUAUGUGUGUAUAUCUAUCUGUCUAACUUUCUAUAUUAAUAAUAUGUACAAUAUUUAUUGUUAUAGAGGAUAGGGAUUUGUCCAUUAUUAAAAACAUUAUUAAAAAGUCUUUUUUUAAUGAAUAGUAGAAUGAACAUUUGCACAUUUUUUUAUGUCUAUCUCGUGUAUCUUGAUUUACUUGCUGUAGAAUUGAGGUGGCUAUAAAACAAAUAAACAAAAAACUUUGAGGAUAACUUGUCCUUAAUAUUAUUAAUUGUUUAUAUAACUGUCUCACCGCACUGCAGAUAACAGUGUAAAAAAAAAAGUAUUGAGAAAGGUGAUAAGAAUAUAACGAUACAUGAUAACACAAGAACAUUAUGAUACAAUCAGCAAAGUUAAAAGAAAAUUCCAAGCACCAUACCAAUAAAGCUCGCUUUCAGCACCGGAAGGAGAAAGACAAAAAGCAACAUAUACAGGCCCCAGGUAAAAAUGUAAACUAUUGCCAAAUGGGUUGAUUACCUGUAAUUGGGGAUGCCAAUGCACUCCUGGCAUCAUAUCCACUACAUCAUGCUAUAAUGGUUAUUGUAAUGAUUAUGGUACCUUAGAUUAUUUCUUUAAAACAGUUUGAAAAGUUUAGAGGCUAAAGUGAGAGCGCCAUAAGUAUUUUUACUACUUUUCGUCUUACUAUUUUCUCUUUCUUUUUUUCAGCGAGCUUACAAUAUCAUGGGGAAUACUACAAGUGAUCGCUUUUCUGGAGACCGGCAUGGCUCAAAGUCGCAGCGCACUGAUGGAGCAGCUGGAGGGCAGACUGUGA